ACGCGAGAGGGCAGCCCCGGAGGGCCGUCCCAGAGGCUCCCGCGCCACCCGGGUCCUAACAGGCAGCACCGCCUUCCGACACAUGUGCGUGCAGCGCGAUGCCCAAAUCCAAGCGCGACAAGAAAGUUUCCUUAACCAAAACUGCCAAGAAAGGCUUAGAACUGAAACAGAACCUGAUAGAAGAGCUUCGGAAAUGUGUGGACACAUACAAGUACCUUUUCAUCUUCUCCGUGGCCAACAUGAGGAACAGCAAGCUGAAGGACAUCCGGAACGCCUGGAAGCACAGCCGGAUGUUCUUUGGCAAAAACAAAGUGAUGAUGGUGGCCUUGGGUCGGAGCCCAGCUGACGAGUACAAGGACAACCUGCAUCAGGUCAGCAAGAAGUUGAGGGGUGAGGUCGGUCUCCUUUUCACCAACCGCACCAAGGAGGAAGUGAAUGAGUGGUUCACGAAAUACACAGAAAUGGACUUCGCUCGAGCUGGAAACAAAGCAACUUUCACCGUGACCCUGGAUCCGGGGCCCCUGGAGCAGUUCCCCCACUCCAUGGAGCCACAGCUGAGGCAGCUGGGCCUGCCCACUGCCCUCAAGAGAGGUGUGGUGACCCUGCUGUCUGACUAUGAGGUGUGCAAGGAGGGCGACGUGCUGACCCCAGAGCAGGCCCGUGUGCUGAAGCUUUUUGGGUAUGAGAUGGCUGAAUUCAAGGUCACCAUCAAAUACAUGUGGGACGCACAGUCUGGAAGCUUUCAGCCGAUGGGAGAGGACUUGCCUGAGAGUGCGCCCGAGUCAGCAGAAGAAUCAGAGGGUGAAGACGACUGACAGGCGCUUGGGGCCAGGACACAUGGGACUGCCGCCCCGCUGGGGGAGCAGCAGGGGAAGACGGAUGGACUGCUUUUCUAUAAGGUGUAAAACUGUCUGCAGGAUGGCUCCCUGUGGACAACAAAGUUUCUAGGAAUUUUCCUAGAAAAAAGACCUUGGCUUGGGCUUUGGUUUGGAUUCCUAGGAUGCCUUUCCUUUACCGCGAGCCAGCUUCCCGCGCUGGCUCCUGCGUGACGGCUGGGGUGGGAGAGCCGCCACCUGCACUGGCAAUUCGCUCCUCUGGCCUCUGUGUCCCCCUACUGGACACGGGGUUUGCCAAGGAAUAUGGGAGCCCUGGCCGCCCUUCCUUCCGCUUUCUUCCCCUCCUCCCAAACCAGGGCCGGGAGUCUUACAGAGAAGGAGGGACACUUUCACUAAGACGAGAGUAAAGCCACUGCUGAAACCCAGAGCAGAUAUUAAAACUGCUCAACAGCAUACCGGGACCUCU